GCGCAGUUGUCAGAUCGGUUACUGCUGCUACAGUGGCAGUCGAGACCAUGCCACGUCGUGUUGCGGCACUUCUGUAUGCUCGCGGGGGCCCUACACGAUAUUAGGCAGGAGAUCGAGGCGCUGUGCCGGGUGUACCGCAGCCUGGUGGCCAGCACGAGUGCUGCGGGUGGCUCCCCCGCCGCCGCGCAGGUGUCGGCCGUCGCGGUCGCAGCGCCGUCCGUCGCCGCGGUCGAGGGACUGGACCGCGUGGUGUUCCGCGAGCUGCUGCACAACACGUUCGACCUGGUGACGGAGGAGGUGCUGAUGGACCGCGUCUUCUGCGCCUUCGACCGCUGCAACGACGGCGUGGUGCGGCUCGAGGAGUGGGUGCAGGGGCUGUCCGUCUUCCUGCGGGGCACGCGCGAGCAGCGGACCGCCUUCUGCUUCCUCGUCUACGACCUCAACAGCGACGGCUACAUCACCCGCGACGAGAUGUUCCACCUGCUCAGGAACUGCCUGGUGAAGCACCCGAACGACGAGGACCCGGACGAGGGUGUGAAGGACCUGGUAGAGCUGGCGCUGCGCAAGCUGGACGCGGACCGCGACGGGAAGGUGUCCUUCCAGGACUUCCAGAAGGCGGUCCAGGCGGAGCCGCUGCUGCUGGAGGCAUUCGGCCAGUGUCUGCCAGCCGAGAGCGCCUGCCACACCUUCCUGGCCACCCUACGGGAGCCCCAGCCCUAACUCGGAGUACCAGUCCCGAGUGGCAGACCAUCGAGUUCCACACUUCACUGGGUCCCUAUCAGCCUGCCAUUCUGCGAAUGUACAUAUUUUAUCACGUAUUCUAAAUUAAUUUAAGUAAAGUUUUCAUACUCUUACUAGUGUGCUCAUUGAUUAUUAUCUUCAUCUCGAAUCACUGAAAUCCCUUUCGAAAGCAUGAAUUCUGGACAGGUUUUUAUGUAUUUUUCUUUGUCUUAUCGAAUGUCUGCGCACUUAGCAUCUAGAAAGGACAAUGUCACUACCUACCAAUACGAACGUAAUUAUUACCCUCAUGAGCAGCUGAAGGUCCUCAGAAACGAAUAAUUUAGAGACUGUGAGAGCAUUCAAUCUACACGGGAACAUACAAAAAGUUACAAUACGUGGAAGAUAUUUAAACAACGGGAACGCUGUACUAGACUAUAUAGUGGAGACCUCAAUUACAUAGUGUCAGAAACAAGGGUUUUUGGGGGCGGGGGAGGUUAAGAGGAAGAAAAGCACUUACCAGUCUCGAGUCUCGCUUUUGCAACUAAUUUUAUGUCGCGUUCUUCAGCUUCUCUUGGCACUGAUGAAGAUAGAUUAAUUAUCGGUCACAAGGCCGCACGUCUGAGUCUGUCUGUUUCUGCAGUCGACAAUGUUAUCGUCAGAUGAUGGUGCCCUCACCUUUAGGUGGAUUGGCAUCACUGUCGAUUACCGAACUACAACGCCUGGCAGAAAAAGGGCUCCAGCAGUAUGUUCUAAUUGACUGUUGUCUAGUAUCUGCUGCUUUUAGGACAUUGCACGAAGUAUACAGGGUGUCCUAGAUAUGUUCGACAGAUUUCGACGGAUUGUGGAGGGUGCCCUGACUAAAAAUCGAAGAUGGGAACCCGUGUCUGGAAAUGUCAACCAACGACGCUACGCAGCAUCGACGUUAUAGGAGCCGGCGCCUGCCGACUAGGCCACCCCUUUGGCAGCAUACUUAGGACACUGACGGACCGUAGGCGAAACGUCUUGGAAUGUAGUUUGUUAUUCAGUGAUCACGACCGAUUGCCACGAUCACCAUUGAUAAAGGAGUUAGCUGCUGCAUAGAAUGGCAAUGUCUCAUAUGAGUGCGACGUUCUGUUGCCUCGUUGGAUGACGGUUUCGGACACGGGUUGCCACCCGCAGUUUUUUUUCCUCCUGGUACUCUCUAAAAUCUACAGUGUUUUUCGGCAUAGAGGAAAAAAAAACUGCAGCUGGAAACUCGUGUCCAAAACCAAGACAACAGAGCAUCGCAUUUAUAGGAAGGAGACAACGCCUGUAGAAGCAGCAUCUCCCCAAUCAGUCGCUAUCACAGAAUAACAAAAAACAUUGCGAGACGUUCCGCCAACGGUCCGUCAGCGUACAAAGUCACAUUUUUCCGGAAAUUGGUUCCUAUUUUCCAUUUGUUCCUCAAGACACCCUCUGGAGACAUUUGAAGUUUGUCGUAACAUUUCUGGGACAUCCUGUACAUUCUCAGAUUAUCGUUACAUUUGUCUUACGCUUCAGGCUGAUUUAACAUUAGCGAGAAAUUGUUUCCAAUAGUUACUGAACGUUUUAUAUUCAGAAGCUGUGCUAGUUAGUGCAAAUGUAUCAAGUUUAGAUUUAAAAGAAAAGUACUGUUGUGAAACUCAAUUUUUCUGAUACUACCAGAGUUAUUACAAGGUAACCAAACUGAAACUGAUCCACAAAGUCUGUAAGUAUGACUUGCACAGAUAACCGGCAUUAUAAUUUUGUUACACUUAUCUGUAUAACAUAUACUUCAAGCGGAGGACGGUUAAGUGUGACAAAAUGGCAAUGCCUGUCAGCUGUGCAAGUAAUAACCUUAAACAUCUCCUGAACCAGCUUCAUUUGACUGCCCUGUAUAUUUCCAUUCUUUAUUUAGCAGUCCCGGUUACAACAUUAAUUCAGCUCACUUUUUAACAAUGCUUCACUUCUUUCCACCGUUCUAUCUUACUGAAGGUGUGUCACUAUUUCCUGUCUGAGCAACGAAUUAUGCCAGAACACAAUUCUCUAUCUUUUCGCCACAGGACUCAGCUUUACGUGACUGGCUUUCAUUGCAUUGUGUAAUUAUACACUUCUCGCUAACGGAAGCUUUUAUGGUGGCAGUCGACUGAGGUACAGUCGAGUCCUGGUGGCGGAGAGCCUGCUUUUGGCCAGGAGGGGCAGAAACAUGUUGACCCAAGUUCUUCAUAACCAGAUUUUGUACCAUUCCCCAGUACUAAAUUCCAAAACUGUGUGCAGUGCCCCGUGGAAUGUGACAUUGUUCACCGACUAAUCAGACGUCUGGGUGGGUACGCUAAGCUCUGUGUCCCUCUUAGGGCUAUUCAAGCGAAGUAGGCUUCAUUCUUGCGUAGCGUUUUACCCUCUCCCUUCUGUUGUGUAAUCAUAAAAAUCACAGAGACGGCACAUGCGCUCACUGUAGUUACAUACACUAAGCGUUCAUAUGUAACACACAACACUCACGCUUCGACAACGACAGGCGUCAAGUGAUACGAAUGAAGGGAGCUAUCUCUACGCAGGCAGCUGAACGAAUUCGAGAUACCCCAGCCGUCAAUAUUCCACAUACUUUUUGUCUUUUUGUCGGAUUGCUUUUAUUCGGAUGCUUUUGGAGAUGAGCAAAGACUCACCGACAUUCCUACUGUCUUACGUAGAAUUAGAGCAAUUUGAGUAGUAAGCGUAUCGUUUGAGAAAAUAUCGUACCUGUUUUACUUAUUUAUAAAAUUAUGAACCAUCUCUGUGUUUUUUUUUUUUUUUUUGACGGAGUAUCUUACUCACAUACAGUCAGUACAGUUUCUUGCAAAACCUUAAUAAUCUUUAAAUAAAUUUUAUUCGCACAGUCAGAAGAAUAUGUAAAUGACUCAUUACUUUUAUUGGAAGUGCUAACGUCUCAUCAUAGCAUAGAACAACUUAUAAUGUGUUUCUAUCUUGAGUAGUAAGCUAAGAUAAACUGUGCACCAACAAUAUCAUCUAAUUCAAUAAACUGUGGUCCCAUACUUUGCCUAAUUACAAUGGAAAAUAAUUUUAAUUUCACAUUAUCGAAGCUCCAUUAUGAGAUAAUCCUUGAUUAUCGCAUGAGAUUUAUCUGUCAGUUGGUAACAGAUCGCGCUAUUCAAGGAGUAAAUACAAAACCCAUGAAGCUCAUGCUGCAUGCUACAUUUCAGAUGGACUGCCACUUCUCCUCACACUACUAAAAUGAUCUCACCCGGCGCUCUUUCUCAGUGUUUAUACUCAUCGUCAGCAGCAGCUGAUAUGGGGAUGGUGUUGCACGUAUUUAAAAAUGCAGGAAAAUGAAACAGCUU